GCGGGCCCCACCAGACAACGGUACCCAACCGCCUCUCGCUCUCGCUUUGGUUCUCUCGCUCUGGGGAGAGAGCUCAGGAGAGACCCAAAUCCCUUUUCCGCUCCGCCGGACUCCGAGAGAGGGCGGCGGGUGCGGGACGCGAAGGCGAAGCCCUAGCUCCCCUCCCUGCCGCGGACGCCGAUGGACCCACCUCGCGCCGUCGCCGUUCUUCUCCUCGUACUCCUUCCCGUGCUCGCCCCGGUGGCCUCCGGCGUGCCCUUCGUCGUCCUGCACGGGAUUGGCGACGAGUGCGGCAACGAUGGGCUGGCAUCCUUCACCGAGAUGCUUGGGGAGUGGUCCGGCUCCAAAGGUUACUGCAUACGGAAGAAAAAGAAGAAGAAGAAGAAGAAGCAUGUGACACAAAACAGGAGGUCUGGGAGUCGGUUUCUAAAAACCAGUGAAAUUGGAAGAGGAGCAUGGGACUCUUGGUUGAUGCCACUUCAAGAGCAGGCAAAUACGGUUUGCAAGAAGGUCAAGAAAAUGAAAGAGCUCAGUGAAGGUUACAAUAUAGUUGGCCUGUCUCAGGGGAACUUAAUUGGCAGGGCUGUAAUUGAGUACUGUGAUGGUGGACCUCUGGUCAAGAAUUUCAUAUCAAUUGGGGGUCCUCAUGCUGGUACAGCUUCAGUGCCACUUUGUGGUUCUGGGUUUGUCUGUAUUCUUAUUGAUGAUCUGAUUAAAUCAGAGAUAUAUUCAGAUUAUGUGCAGGCACAUCUUGCCCCUAGUGGCUACCUAAAGAUACCCACUGAUAUGGAAGAUUAUUUAAAGGGUUGCAGAUUUCUUCCAAAGCUUAACAAUGAGAUCCCAAGUGCAAGAAAUACUACCUAUAAAGAAAGAUUCAGCAGCUUGGAAAACUUGGUACUGAUCAUGUUUGAGGAUGAUGCAGUAUUAAUACCUCGGGAAACAGCAUGGUUUGGUUAUUACCCUGAUGGAGCCUUUAGCCCAGUUCUGCCCCCUCAAGAGACGAAGCUGUAUACGGAAGAUUGGAUUGGCUUGAGGACCCUGGACGAGGCUGGGCGCGUUAAAUUCGUGUCUGUGCCUGGAGGUCACCUGCGUAUCUCCAGAAGCGACAUGAAGAAGUACAUCGUGCCUUACUUGACGCCGGAGGCGUCAUCCAAGCAGAGCGUACACCGGAUGCUGUCGCUUUGAGCGAGCCACGUGCGUAUCUAGCAAGGUCUGUAUCGAUGGCCACUCUGCCCUGACACGUGGACCCUGUGUUGACGCCUUGUAAAUACGCUGAACAUGAAGGGAGGAAAUGAAAGCGCGGGAAAGAGUGGAUCCGAUUAUCCGAACUCAGUGUUUGGUCGUUUCCGUUUCCUGUCUGACAAGCAAAUAUGUCUACGCCGUUGCAACGUGACGUAUAAUUUAUUGAUUUGUAGCUUAGAGAUUUAUUUAGGAUAUAUAAAUUGUGUUUGUGCCCUCUAGCUAAUGGCACUUAGAUAACCGAUUAAA